UCUCCCUUGAGAGACACGCCUACUUCCGUGGAAUCCCUCAAGGAUUUGAAGGAGGUGUGGGCGAGGCUGCUCAUCUAUGCGGCCGGUAAGUGCCCCAUGGAGGAGCAUGCACGGCAGCUUGGAAACGGAGGAGUGGAGCUUCUCACCGUGGUUGGGUGCCUCAUGAUGCAUCAGCAGCUAGGAGAUGUGGGAGAGAAGGUGGAGCUCUCACUGUCCGGUUUUCUUCCUGUACCACCACAACCAGCAUCGUUAACAGGUCAUAUGAGAGUCAGGCCGAUCGUCCACUUGCCAGUGCCAGCAUCAGUCCAGCUCCAGCCCCUCUACGCCUUUGAAUUCGUUCACGAUGAUCACCGGAUGGCGACGUCGGUUAAGCCCCUCUCAUUGUCAUUAGUUGGAAUGUGGGAGCCCGACAACCCCGAACCAAGUACGGCAACCCAAGUUACCCCGGACCAGAGUACAUCGCAACCGAGUACCUCUGGUGGAACUAAUGUGGCACUGGAGAUAGAGGAAUUAGCUGGUGGGCACCAAUAGACGGAUGCCAGUAAAUCUCUCUCUGCCUGGGGUCCAAACCAUCACAGAGGGGCAAAUCCCAAUGGCUUCAUCUUCAUCCACAUCAGCAGCAGCGGUCUCUUCAUCCUCUCCGGCGGUUGAUUCCAACGGUGUGUAUGCAACAAACUUUUCUGCUUGAUUACUUCAAUUAUUAUAUUUGCCUGUAAUGCGCUGUUCGAUGAACUUCGUGUCAGCUCAGCU